AUGGAGGGAGGAGCGGCCUCUGAUCCUAUGCCUCCUCCACAGAGCAGCGGAUCACAGGGAGGAGCAGCGGAUCACAGGGACGCUGUCGGAGAGGAUCACAGGGACGCUGUCGCAGCAAAAUGUGUGUCACGUCCGGCUUUGCAUAAUGUGCUCAGAGACUCGGAGGGCAUACACAAGACCGAACAGGAGUGCAACUGCUGUCGGCAGGUCACUUACUUCAUCAAUGACUAUCUGUUCCUCAAGCACCACAGUAAAGAACCUCGCGUUUGGGAUUGA